GUCCUCGCGCCUGCGCUGUGGAGACGCCUGGACAAAUGACGGAGACUGGAGGCGGCCUAAUCUGUAAAGGACUGAACCAGAGCGGGCACGUUGCGGUGACUUCCGCUCCUGCGCCGCGGGUCUUCGGCAGUGUAGGCCCGCCGUUCUUUGGGACUUGUAACCGAUCUCUGCCUACACCGGAAGGGGUGGGCGAAACCAGCUGCUGCAUCAGGCGGUCCGAGUCACAGGGGCUGCGGAACGCUGGUACUAUGUCUCUUGAGACGGAGGGUCAGGCAGCGAGUGCGGCGGACUGAGGGUCGUGACUCGGCCCGCAGGGUCGGAUCGGUCGCCCCCGCAGUAGUCUAGAGACUCUCGCUUUCAGAGAGCGAGUAUCCUGUGCGGCCAGUUUGAGUAAAAUUUAGUGACAUUUCCCCUUAACCCGCGGUAACGUCACCCACACAGCUGACCGAAGACUGCCGGAAUAUGGAUCAGAAACUUUCACAGUUGAUAGAGGAACUCACAACUUCAGGAGAAUCCCAACUGAAUGCUCAGAAAAUGAAGGAACUGAAGAAAAUUUGCAAGUCUUCAGAGGAGCAGCUGAGCCACGCCUACCGCCUGCUGAUCACACAGCUGACUCAGGACCACGCCGAGAUCCGCCUCUCAGCCUUCCAGAUUGUGGAUGAGCUCUUCACCCGCUCUCACCAGUUCAGAGUGCUGCUUGUUUCUGACUUCCAGGAAUUCCUAGAGCUCACACUGGGCACAGAUAGUGACCAUCCCUUGCCACCCCCUCGGGAGGCAGCUCAGAGGCUAAGGCAGGCAGCCAUGCAAGCUGUGGAAGGUUGGAAUGACAAGUUUGGGGAGGCCUAUAAGAAGCUGGCCUUAGGCUACCACUUCCUAAAACACACUAAAAAGGUGGAUUUUCGGGAUAUAAAUGUUAGGACCGUGGCAGAAAGGAAGCGAGAAGAAGAGAAACAGAAGCAUUUAGAUAAGAUUCACAGAGAAAGUGCUGAACGGGCUAAGAGGGAAAUGGAAGAAAUGUCUGACGACAUUGGGUGCUGCCUGACAGAAGUGGAGAGCUGCUUUAAGCUGCUGGUGCCUUUGGAUCUUGUUCCAUACACAGAGGAUAAAUUCUUUGGUGAGACAUCUGGCAUAACAGAGGGCCACGCUCCUUGUACCUUGAGCCGGGACCUGGCAACUCCCCAUGAGUCUGGUCUCUCUGGACCCCAGGAUGAAGAGCAGCCAUGCUGUAGCAAGGACCUGGUUGCCUCUGCUUACCAUGUAGGAUCUGUCGUUGGUCAGAAAGCACUAGCCCAAACAGCCACGAAAGACCCCUCCAGGGAUGAGGACGAACACAGCGACGCGGAGGAUUUCCUGCGGAGCCAUGGGUUGGGUUCCCACAAGUACACGCUGGAUGUGGAGCUUCCCUCAGAUGGUCUGAGGGUACAGGAGAGUGAAGACAACCUUGAUGUGCUCCAUGCUGCUCGAGACUCACUCAAACUCAUCCAGAACAAGUUUUUGCCAAUGGUGUGCUCCUGGGUCCAGAGGUUUACCCGUGCAGGGACCUACAGUGGGCAUUUAAAACAGGCCAUUGACCUGAAAAUGGAACUGGAACUUGCUCUGAAGAAAUAUGAAGAACUGAACAUUGAGCCUGGGGGAGGACAAAGGAGCAGGACAGAAGCACUGGAGGACAGCGAGGAUGAGGAUCAGGACUUCGUGGAGGUCCCGGAGAAAGAGGGUUAUGAGCCGCGAAUCCCUGACCAUCUACGAGCUGAAUAUGGGCUGGAGCCAAAGGCCCCGCUGAAGACUCUGGAGAAAGGCACAGCUGUAUGUAGCUUACAGGAGAAGACCAGGAUGAGAAGGGAAGAAGAGGCCUCAGACCCCACCUCUGCAGCUGCCCAGAUGUUGCGGCUCCAGGACUGCUUGUCAUCUCCCUCCCUCUCCUCUACCAGGGUACUUCCUGGGCCAGAGGAAGCCCAGAAGCAAGCAGAACGAGCCCGAGCACCCAUUGUACCCUUUGGAGUGGACCUGUGUUACUGGGGCCAGGAGCAGCUAACGGCUGGAAAGAUUCUUAAAUCUGACUCUCAACACCGCUUCUGGAAACCCAGUGAGGUGGAGGAAGAGGUGGACAGUGCCCAUGUUUCUGAGAUGCUCCAUAGCCGGCACAUCACCUUUUCAGGGAAGUUUGAGCCUGUGCAGCACAUGUGCCGGGCCCUGAAGCCUAAUGGCAGGCUCUGCGAGCGCCAGGAUCGGCUGAAGUGCCCGUUCCAUGGGAAGAUCAUCCCCAGAGAUGACAAGGGGCAGCCUCUUAACCCAGAAGACAGAGCCCGUGAACAAAAGCAGCAGCUUCAGCAGCAGCAGGCACAUCCGGAUUGGCAGGACCCUGAGUUUAUGAAGGAUGUGGAGGCAGCCACGGGAGUGGACCUCGGUUCAUCCAGGUAUAGCAAGAAGGGCAAAGGGAAAAAGAAGAAGCACCCCAACCUCACCGACCUGCGAGAGCGUGCCAACACUGCCCGGGCCCGCCUUGAGAAGAAGGUCUUUGCCAAGGCAGCUGUGCAGAGAGUAGUUGCUGCCAUGAACCAGAUGGACCAGAAGAAACACGAGAAGUUUGCAAACCAGUUUAAUUAUGCACUGAAGUAAAAGGGUGUGGGUGUGGGUGUGGGUGUGCUGAAUGUGCUGUGGUCCCCUUAGGCCAUCAGCUCCUUUCCUUCCUUCCUCGGCUUUCUAGGAUGGGAAGAGGAAUAGACUUAAGUCUGAGGAGAAUCAGCUUGUUUUUUCUGUAUGUAACAAUGGAGUGAUGCAUUGAAAUACUCUCCAGGAGGCCAGGGAAUAUGGUUUAGUGGUGAGUCCAGGGUUUGAUUCUCAACUAUUUUAACCAUGUAUGUGGUACCAUACCCAUAAUUCCAGCACUUGGAAGAUAAACAGGACUGAGUCCUAGGCCAGUAUGGAUUACAGAGCAAGACUGCUCGAGAAACAAGAACAGAGAGCCAGAGGAGGUGAUGCACACCUGUAAUCCUGACACUUAGGAGGCAGGGCAAGAAGAUAACACAAGUUAAAAGCUAACCUAGUUGCCAGGCAUGGUGGUACACUUAAUCUUUAAUCCCAGCACUCAGAAG